AUGGAAGCCGCUGAGGAAAUUCCAGGGCCCACAGGACCCUCAAGGCAAGACAGUACCAUGUCCAACAGUACCAAGCGGAAGCAUUAUGGAUUCCUGCCAGGCGAGUCUGUGAGAAUCCUCCGUCAGUGGCUCUAUGACCACAGGUUUGCUGCCUACCCAUCAGAAGCUGAGAAAAGAAUGCUGUCUCAACAAACCAAUCUGUCUUUGCAUCAGGUCUCAAAUUGGUUUAUGAAUGCUCGCAGACGCAUUCUGCCAAAAAUGCUUCAACAGGAUGGACACGACCCCAACGGCCAAAUUGGCAGGGCCACCAAUGUGAUGUUACAGCUGACAGCUGAUCCAUUUGCCCAAGCCUCCCUGGUGCCCAACGCUCCACCCCAGAUAAAAGAGCUCUCUCUAAUCCCCCUGCCAGAGGGUCAGGAAACAGAAAGAAAGCUGUUUGAUCCAGAGGCAUUGAUUGCAAGCCAGAGGCUCACCCUGAGGGCCCAGCAGAAGAAACAGCUUAACAGUCCCAGCAAUCAGUCCCCGUCUGUUCCAGAGCCCAGGCCAGCCAUGGAGUGUGAGGACUUCAGCAGCUUGCAGCUAUUGGUUGAUGUAGCUGUGCAAAGGGCUGCAGAGCUGGAGCUGCAGAAGCAACAAAACCCCAAUCUGUAA